AUGCCUGGCACCUGGACACGCUUCAAGAGCCUGUUCGGCAGUCCCAAUGGAACCAGCCGCCGUGAAUGGCUUCAUGAGGAGGAGAGAGCCCUUCUGUCUCACCACGGUAACCAGGACAUAUCAUCUGCCACUCCUCCCGAGGAGGUCAUGAAAGUUUGCAUACGACUACGACAUCUAAUCCGCGAAUGCGUCCCUUGCGAGCUCGAAGAAAGCGCCAUCACGCGCUCCCACAGUACGGUCAUCACCAACAAGGUUGUCCAGGCCGCCAGGGAGGCUGGUGGGCAGAAGUAUCGUGCAUGUGUUGUCUACGCUCUGUUGGUUAACAUGAAAUGGUUCAAACGCGAAGCGACUUUCGAAUUGUGGGACGCUGAGCUCCAUGAUCUUCGCGCUACAGCCUGCACUGUUGUUGCUAAGCAGAUUAUUGAGGGAGAAGAUGAUCUUGAGUAUCUUUUACAUCACGUCCUUCUUCGCCGGUACUCUUUUCUGAUCGACAAGAUUCCUACCCCACCAACCAAUGCCAUCGAAAAGGCCGUGGACUUGCACGCUGUCCGAGUGAUUGGUUCAUCUGGCUAUCAGAAAUGCAUCUCAUACCUCUGGCGUGGAUGGUUGGUUCAAGAUGAAGACGAUCCCUCCGAAUUUGUUGACUACAAGAACAAGGCCAACCCGAAUUUCAUUGUCCACAUGGAUCCUGAUCGCAUGCGGGCCCCAAGAUAUCAGAAUGCAGCCCAGCUUCUCUUUUCCGUCAUCUAUCUUGGCCUAUACACGGCUGCAGUCAACUCUGCAAACCCAUCAGGAGUGCUUGAUGGUGCUGAGAUCGCUCUCUACAUUUUUACAUUUGCUUAUGUGUGUGAUGAAUGUCUCAAGUUCUACAAGGCUGGCGCCAACAUCGUCGGAUUCUGGAACGUCUUUAACUUCAUCCUCUACACCUUCUUGACUGCCUCCUUGGUCCUGCGUAUCAUAGGACAGGUGUACUGGGACAACGACGCAGUGUUCAAAAAGUAUAACGAGCUCAGUUAUAACCUGCUAUCAUUCGUCGCGCCUAUGUUUUGGUCACGUCUCUUGCUCUAUUUCGACAGCUUCCGGUUCUUUGGCGCUAUGUUGGUCGUGCUUAAGGUCAUGAUGAAGGAAUCGCUGAUUUUCUUUGCGUUGCUUAUUGUUGUCAUUAUUGGAUUCCUCCAGGCCUUCAUCGGCCUGGAUAUCGCUGAUGAUAAUAUUCUGGGAGAUACCUAUUUCAUUAUUGAGUCCAUGCUCAAAGCUAUCAUGCAAAGCCCGGAAUUUGAUGGGUUCGAGAACUUUGGACAUCCCUUUGGUCUGAUUCUCUACUACUGUUUUACUUUUGUUGUUAUGAUCAUUCUGCUCAACAUCCUUAUCGCGCUUUAUAACUCUGCCUACGAGGGUAUAUAUGAAAAUGCUGACGACGAAUAUCUGGCACUCUUUGCACAGAAGACAAUGCAGUUUGUCCGAGCUCCCGACGAGAAUGUCUAUAUCGCUCCAUUCAACCUGGUCGAGAUUGUUGUUUCAGGUCUGCUGGAAUGGUGGAUGCCUAAGCCUACUUACGAGUUUAUCAACGACUGCGUCAUGGCCAUCCUCUACUCCCCCCUCCUCUUUGUGGCCGCUUGGUUCGAGAAACGAGAUGCACGCAAUAUUCGAAGUAACCGAUCGCGAGGUGAAGAAGAUGACGACCUGAUCCAUGAAUGGGAACAGUUCCAUGGCGAUUUGGAUAUGGAAGCUGAAGGCUGGACCAAGACCUGUGAAACCGCCAAGCCAAAUGUGGAAGAUGAGCCUGCUGUGAUCGAAGUCCGCAAACUGCGAGCAGAGAUGGAAGAACUCAAGUCAAUGCUAUCACAACUCGGCAAAACUACUGCCAAAGGAAGUGAUGACAAUACCAUCACGGGCUCAAAUGCUGGAAAGGCGCCGGAGACAGGAGACGAUGCACAGGAAGUAUCGGAGACUACAGAAACCGCCGAUGUACUGGAUACAUCAGACACUCCAGAAGCGGAAGCAACCUCUGGCGAUAACAAAUCUGGCAAGAAGGGAAAGAAGAAGAACAACAAGAAGAAGGGUGGCUCUAGCAGUUAG